AGUGGGCGGAGUCGUCCAUGUAAACAUUUGCCUUAUCACGUUCCCGUACGAUGUCGUGGCGUUUCUUCUCCUGCUGAAUUAACGUUAGGUUGCUAGCUAGCAAACUAUCUACCAACAAAACUACUGCUGCUUUGAUACGCAUUAUCACCUAAGUGUUACAGUUAGGAUCUUUUGAUUGAAUAAAGGAACAUGAGACGAGCAGGUUUGGGCGAAGGAGGACCUCCUGGAAAUUAUGUGGCCAGUGGAUACAGCGCGUACGAAGAGGAAAAUGAACACUUACAAGAGGGUCUGAGAGCCAAAGUCAGCGCCUUGAAACAUCUGUCUAUAGAUAUUGGAACGGAAGUGAAGUACCAGAAAAACAUGUUGGACGAUAUGGACUCAGACUUUGACUCAACGGGAGGUUUGCUGGGGGCCACCAUAGGGAGAGUGAAGCAUCUUUCCAGGGGAAGCCAGACCAAGCUCCUGUGCUACAUGCUGCUCUUCUGCCUCUUGGUCUUCACCAUCCUGUACUGGUUUAUCAAACUGAGGUGAUGCGUUACAGGAGGCCCGGCUUUUCCCUCCCUGCCUUGUCUCCUUCCCCAGUCUGUGUACCUCUGGAUCAGAAGACCAGGAUGAUGACAAUGAGACUGUUAGAAUGUGCUUAAUGUUUGAGAAGACCCCCCAAAUCAUCAAUAACAAUGUGCAAUAGGGAAUAAUAAAAAAUGUCUGACAUUAAUUUUAUAGACAGCCCUGAUGGAAUGAGUAGACACUGCCAUAAGUUUACGAUUGUAAUGUAACACUUUCUUACGGAGUCCCUUAACGAUGAGGCAUAUAAGUUGAUUUGUAGCAGAUGUACAGGAUGAGUGAUCUAUUGCAUCAACACAUCUGGUAAGGCUAAGCAGUAACAUUUGUACAAAUGUGACAUACGCAGCGUUUACACAGGUAGCCCAAUUCUGAUAUUUCUCCCACUAAUUGUUCUAUUGACCAAUCACAUUUCUCAGAGCUGAUUAGUGAAAAAAUAUGGGAAUUGGUCUGCCCGUCUACUCGAAACGCAGCCCACAUGUGACAGUUGGAUGUAAUGCUCUUGAAGAGGUUGCUUGAUCCAAUGUGAGACUGAUUUAACAUUUGAUCCAUACAGUGGCCAACAAUCGAGUUCCACUAUAAACAAACAUCUUAUUUGUUUUGAGGAAUGAAUUAUUAGGGUACGCGCUCACUUCAAGAUGUUUCCUGUCCCAUCUACAGAGACUGUUCACCUCCACCACUGCACACUGUUCUCCCGUUAACAACUGAUGUAAAAAUUUGUUUUAUAUGUAAAUAAACAUGGAUGUUUUGAAUUUGA